UCCUCAAGCUGGAGUUGCUGUACUCAAGAAGGAUGAGGGUCUCAGGUUGUCUGGAGUGGGUGGUCCUGUGCUGGGUGUUCAGUGGGGGAGUUUGCUACAACCCUUGGGAUUUCUCUAGGAGUGACUCAGCUAUCUGGAGGCCCCCAUCUAGAGCUGAUGCUUCUAGUUCCCAGUCCUCCCCCUGGGCUUGGGUUGAUGCUUCACAAAUAAGGGUGGUGCCCCUGCCACAGCCUGUCAUAGUGCAGUGUCAGGAAGCUCAGAUGGUGGUAACUGUACAUAGGGAUCUAUUUGGGACUGGGCGGCUGAUCAAAGCUGCUGACCUGAGUCUGGGCUCAGCUGCUUGCCAGCAUGUGGCCCUUAAUGAUGUGGAGAAUACAGUGACCUUUGCAGCAGGGCUCCAGGACUGUGGGAGUUUCUUGCAGAUGACCCCAGACUCCUUGAUCUAUAGGACCAGCUUGAACUAUACCCCCAGCCCUGCUGGCAAUGCAGUUAUCUUGCGAACCAAUCCUGCUGUGAUUCCUAUUGAAUGUCACUAUCCCAGGAAGAAGAAUGUGAGCAGCAAAGCUGUCAGGCCAACUUGGUCUCCUCUCUUCUCCACUGUGUCUGCAGAGGAGAGACUGCAUUUCUCUUUGCGCCUGAUGAAUGAUGACUGGAGUGCUGAGAGACCCUCCAAUGGGUUCCACCUGGGAGAAGCCAUGCACAUCCAAGCUGAGGUCACUGCUGAAAACCACAUGGCUCUGAGGCUCUUUGUGGACAGCUGUGUGGCUACCCUUACCCCAGACAAGAACUCCUCCCCCCGCUAUGCCAUUGUUGACUUCAAUGGAUGCCUUGUGGAUGGGAGAUCAGAUGAUACCACCUCAGCCUUCAUAUCGCCUAGGCCCAGGCAGGACACGUUGCAGCUUGUGACUGAUGCAUUCAAGUUUGCAGCAGAUGCUAGGAACCUGAUCUAUAUUACCUGCCAUCUGAAGGUCACUCCAGCUGACCAAGCUCCAGACCUCUUGAACAAGGCCUGUUCCUUCCACAAAGUGGGCAACAUCUGGUCUCCAGUGGAAGGCACCAAGGACAUCUGCAGCUGCUGUAAAACUGGAAAUUGUGGGUUGCUUGGAUGGUCUAGGAGAGUCCACCCUCCCAGAUGGCCAGUGAGGCACUUCCGGAGAGAUGUGGCUUCCAAGCCUGGUAACUCCUCCAUGGUGGAAGCAGAGUCUGACAUUGUGCUAGGGCCACUAUAUAUCCUUGAUGCUUCACAAGAGUCCAGGGAUCUCUUCAAAUAUCAAAUAGAAGUAGAAAAAGCAGCAAAGAAUGGCAUAGAAGAGAUGGCUGGGUUGAUUGUGAUAGCUGCUGCUGUAACUCUGGCCUUCAUCAUUCUGGGACUCAUUUUCAUAUACAAAAGAGCACUGCUAAUCCAAUGCCAGAGGUGUCAUGUGCCUUUUACACUCUGUACAAUGUAAAA